AUGCACAAUCGGGUCCACAUUAUUAGUCAACGGCCUCCAACUUCAUCGGCUGUCAGCCACAACGGUAGUUUUGGCAGCCUACCACCCCCUUACACGGAAUACACGCUUCACACCAGAUCACCGAAGCCGGAUGACGGCGAGAUUGAUCUUGGUGUGGCCGUAAGACCUGUUUCGACAAAUUCGGACUCCGGCAUAUCCAUGGGUGACGGGGACGUUCGGCGAAGGAGCAGAAGGAGUGCAGCUGUUGUGGCAGGGGCGGGGAUAGGAGUGGCAAAUAUGCGGAACGACGAAGGCGGUGAAGAUUCUAGCGGUGCCACGAAAGAAUGGCGCGAAAGACGGAUUUUUGGGAGUCGAGCGUGGCUGAUUAUCCUUUCGGGUGUCGUUGCAUUAUUGGUUGGAGUCGCUGUGGGAUUGGGUGUUGGUCUGGGAAUUGGGGUUGCAAAAUCGAAGGCGGAUGCUGCUUCUGAAUCUGGUACUUCAAUGACUACAGCGACUAACGUUCGGCCAUCGCCCGAAGAAACUAGUCCCCCUAAGUCUGAUCCAAACAACGUGUAUCCCGACAUUCCGACAGGCAAAAACUUGAUAUCACCGCUCGAACUCAAGGACUCCCUAGGGGGAUGCAGCAUCGCUAGUGGCAGUUCACAGUCACCGCAAUAUUUCAGUCAGGGAUCGAAUGGCCUCUGGUCUUGCAACAUGCCGGAGCAGAAACCGUUGCUGUGGGAUAUCGACGAGUGGCCGAUGAAAUUCGCCGACGCCGAGCUUAGCAAGCUUGGCACUGUCCCGGACACCAUCGUGUGCGCGGAGUUCGACAAUGCCAAAUGGGGAGGGUAUUUGAUUUCGAGUCAGGAGGGUGAAUUCAAGGAGGAGCAGAAGAAUACCGUGUUCGUUUCACCCAGCGGUGAAAGCGUCCAGUACGCACCUGGAGGCGGUUUUAGGGAGGGGAUGCAAGCGCCGGCGUUUUACAACCAGCCACUCGCUUUCAUGAAUAUCACCUGGCUACCGGACGAAUCGGUCAACAAGAAGAGGGAUGCGGGUCCUAUCACGACGCUGUCAUACAAGUUUGGAAUGCUAUACAACAAAACUGUCAUCUUGAAGGAGACAACCAUGAUUGAGACAUUCAAUUCUGCAGGAACCAACCCGCAGCGCUACGGGAAUGGAACCGAAUUGGUGGCAGGGGAUAAGGUGUGGAUGUGCAUGUGGGAAAAGACGCUUCUCGAGGUGGAAUUGAUGGUCGACGAAGCCUCGUUAGCAGCAGAAAAAGUACCCACGAGGCACGCUCUAGGGAGUGUCGACGACGAAGAGGACGAUACCUACAACAGCGGCAGCUUAACGACAACCAUCACUGUUAGUGAUGUUAUAACCGCAUUGUCGACAACCGAGUCAUCAUCUUCUUCUUCAUCUUCAUCUUCAUCUUCUCCAUUCCCCUUUGAGCAUGGGCCACACCCCCCUGGGGCGCCACAUCACGGGAGACCACCUCCGCCACCACCUCCGCCACCAACACCAACACCAACACCCACGCCUAUCGGCUUUGCAGACUUCGAUUUUAUCGAGCGUCUUGUUAAGCGUGGUGGUGCUACCGGCAAACCUCGUCGAUACUCGCGGAGAGUGAUAAUCAAGGAGUAUCGGCCCACGCAGGACCGAUUACGGAGGGUGUUGGGGAUCGACAAGACGGACAGGGACGCCGAAGGCAGAUCGAUACCGGGUGCCGUGCACUGCCGCAAGAUGAUCGUGCAGACGGACCGCGGACUUCGCGAGUACAGCUCCGAUAACGAGGUCGUCAAGGUCACGAUGCAGGAAUUCGACACGAAUUCGAAGCUGAAAAGAAGGACCGACGAAGUUACCGAUACCGAUACCGAUGAUGAUGCCGAUAACGACGGUUGUAAGUGUAGAUGGGAGUCAUAG